AUGCGCAAGGACGGCGUGCCAGUCUCGACCAUCGCCAAGGACGUGGACCGCAGCACCAACUACAUCUACCGCAUCUUGAAGAGAUUCAGCACCCAGCAACAGUCCCAACAGCAACAAGAGGCAAAUGUUACGACCACCAACACCCCCGCAACUCCUGCAACUGCGACUGCAACACCCAGAUCCGUUGCAGCUCCAGUGCAACAGCCUCAACAGGCACAAGCCCCCUCCGACGCACUCUUGUGCGCCGUCGAGAGCAUGGAAGUGUCCGCCUACGAGUCCAUCCCAAUGCUCAAGUCCGUCGGCAACUCCACUCAAGCUCCAGCAGAGCUGCAGCCUGGCACAGUCAACGCCAGUGUCGCCUUCACGUCCAACGCCUCCAAGCCCCAAAGUGACGACACUCCAGACUUUUGGCUCCUCUCGGACCCUGAGCCCAGUCGGGCACCAGUGCAGCCAUCCAAGAAGCAGAAGACGCCAUCAUCGGCAUCAGUCCCGGCGUCAUCGGCGUUGACUGUCACCCGCCAGUCUCAACGCUCCCCCGAGUCCUCUUCAAUGACCAUCCAGGACCCCGACAGUGCCGGACUCGGAGAGCUCUUGAAGCGCGUGCAGGACGAGAUCCGUAGACUGGAACACCGGAGCCAAGGGGACGUCUACGACGCUCAACUGCUGCAGACGCUCGUGAAAUUCCACGCCGAGAUGCUCCUGCUGCAGCUCCAGAAGACGCAGUUCACUACUGCCACCAGACAAGCCGCGGACGAAGCUGCUGAGACCAGUCGACUGCUGAGAGAGCGGCUGGGGAAGGAGAUCGCUCUGCUGAACGUCCAGGCGGACCGAGAGAGGCUCGAGCUGGAACGCGAGCAGAUCAAGCACAAGGCCACCACCCUGUUGUGCCGCAAGCGGCUGCUGGACGCCAACGCCUCGCCCAUUGAUGUGGAUCAACUGUUCCCUCGCCAGUAA